ACGAUGCCACGCCUUACCUCUGUAACAAAAAGAUCGUACCUUUUUCCUAUACGACGUCGUCUUCAAUUUCCUUUCGGAAAAUCUUCACCGCACCUUCCCUAGUACGACGCCGUUUCAACCUCCCUUCUCAAAUAUUCCUCCUGCUAUUUCCUUGUGCUUCUAUCAUUUUCCUCAGAGCCAACAGCCCUCCCGAAACAGUCAUGUUCUCCAUGAUUCCUACCACCACUUUGCCUAUAAUUCCCUUCCCAAAUUCUCUGUUUUUUUCCACAAGGCCACUUCUCUACUGCCACUGGCACCAACCCAUGUGCAAGAAAACUCAGAAGCAUAGCUUCAUCCCCAUGUGUGGCAUCUAUCAAGUUGGUGGAACUUCACAAUCGACCCAACAAGAACAGCGUGGUGAUGAUGAAAACACUUCCCACUAUGAAGCUCUCCUCAAAGGAGGUGAACAAGUCACCUCUGUUCUCCAAGAAAUGGUCAACCUUUUGGAAGAUAUGAACAUGGAUGAAGCAUCCGAGGAAGUGGCAGUUGAGUUGGCCGCACAAGGAGUCAUUGGGAAGAGAGUUGAUCAAAUGGAGUCGGGGUUUAUGAUGGCACUAGAUUACAUGAUACAACUUGCUGAAAAGGACCAGGAUGAUAAGCGCAAGUCACUUCUGGAGGUGAUCAAGGAGACUGUAUUAUCUCAUCUUACUAAAAAAUGUCCCCCACAUGUUCAAGUGAUUGGCCUACUCUGUAGAACUCCCCAGAAAGAAAGCAGACAUGAAUUGCUACGCCGAGUGGCUGCAGGUGGUGGUGUAUUUCAAAGUGAAAAUGGCACCAAAGUUCAACUUCCAGGGGCAAAUCUAAAUGAUAUAGCGAACCAAGCUGAUGAUUUACUAGAGACAAUGGAAACUCGCCCAGUUGUUCCUGAUCGAAAGCUACUUGCAAGACUGGUUUUGAUCAGAGAGGAAGCCCGGAAUAUGAUGGGAGGUGGAAUACUAGAUGAAAGGAAUGACCGUGGUUUGAAUACCCUCCCCGAAUCAGAGGUGAACUUCUUGACCAAGCUGGUUGCCUUGAAACCUGGGGAAACUGUUCAGGAAAUGAUUAAAAACGUAAUGCAAGGAAAAGAUGAAGGUGCAGACAACAGCGAAGGUGACAAAGGAGAUUCUAGUAGUGGAAAGUUUUCUGGUGGGAUUGCAGGCAGAUCAAGUGUAACAGGACGAAAACCUCUUCCUGUGCGCCCUGGCAUGUUUCUUGAGACUGUCUCCAAGGUGUUAGGUGGUAUAUAUGGUGGAAAUAUCUCUGGCAUCACAGCGCAACACCUCGAAUGGGUUCAUCAGAAGACACUUCAAAUUCUUCAGGAAAUAGCAUUUUCGUAGCUGGCACCAUAUGACCAUUACGUUGUAAACUCAGUUUUGCGUGUCACCUUGACUGUUAAAAUGCAUAGAACAUUGAGAGAUCAAGACAGUACUUUUUAUGUGAAAAUACUGUUUAUAAUUCCACACUAAGGGAGUUCUCGCAUCAAACCUACUGGGCCACUAUCUCACCAAUUGGGAAACUGCAACCAUCACCAAAUCCUCCCUUAAUCUUCCACCCAGGUUGGUCUGCUCAUAUUUGUCAUAUUGUAUAUACAUACAUUCUGCAAGUUUUGAUUACUUCCUUGUAGGAGCUUACCGGGUUGUAAAGCAAGCCGCCAAUGGCGGUUUUGUGGACUAUACAGCAUUCUUUGGAUUUGGGACUUAGCUCAAAUUCUGGUAAAUGGUGAAAGCAAUCCCUUUUUCUUUUUA